AGGCACCGUAUCAUUAGCACUUUAUCGCUACUUAUGUCAAAACAUAGUUGGAACAGAGGAUCAUGUUAAAACAAUCAGACAACUAAAUACUGUCAGGGAUAAUGUGACGAGCAUCAAGCCUAUUGCCGCUAUUACAAGUGGAAGUUUUGGAGAAGGGCUUGACAUGAGAGGUAGUGAUUUGGAUGUGAUGUGUGUAGUCAAAUUUAUCGAGGUUUAUGCAGAUGAAAAGACCCGACAUAAUCAAAAUACAAAUUAUUGUAGAAUGGAAACAGACGAUGUAAAACCUGGUUUCACGCAAUUGCUUGUAGAAACACAUGUUACUAAAACGUCAUUUAAAGGCUGUGCAGAAUUUAAUGGAAAACAUUAUUUAUCGAGCGCAAUAUUUAAACAAAUGUUCUUAAAUAAUACAGACACACACAAAAUUCAUGGACCGUGUAUAUCGGACAAAGACGGAAUUAUCGAUGUAGCCUUUUGCUUACAUUGUAAGACAUGGAUAUCACAAGCAUCACAGUGGAUAUCAAGAUCAAGUAACUCAUGGCCAAAAUAUAAUGUCAAACAAAGUAUUAUAAAGCAUGGCGUACUUUUAGUACCAAUUGGAGUUAAGGGAUCGCCAAAGGAAAAUAUAGAAUGGCGAAUAUCUUUUUCUGUUGGUGAAAAAAUGCUAAUUAGCACUUUUACACACACACAAUUAUUAUGCUAUGCCCUCCUAAAAAUUCUUUUGAAAGAUGUAAUAGCAACCUACACCGAAUGUUCAAAUUUACUCUGUUCAUAUUUCUUGAAAACAAUUAUUUUCUGGAUAUCAGAGGAAAUACCAGAAUAUAUAUGGAAACCUAAUAAUCUGAUACCUUGUUUUGUGCGUUGCUUUAGAAGACUGAUUUAUUGUGUUGAGUAUUCAGCUUGCCUGAAUUACUUUAUUCCAGAAAACAACAUGUUUGAGAACAAAAUAGAGGGCCGUGAUCGUGUAAUACUCCUAGAUAAACUAUAUACUCUCCAUAGUUACGGUUGGCGGUGCGUGUUAUUUUCAGAUCAACUAUCUAACUUCCAUGUAUCAAUGUGGAUGGAUCAUAUUGAACCACAUACAUUGCAUACUAUCGAUGUUGCACAAAAACUGAAUUCAAAAUUGUUAUCUUUGGCAAAUUUCAUUAGAAAUAUUACUGAUGUUGAUUUUAAAAGGGAAACUUCUGUAUACAAAAGAGGAAUACAUCAAAUAGAUUCCUGUGACCAAUCCUCACUUAAAUACUUAUACACAUACUACUUGUCAUUGUGGUGUGCAAUAUAUGCACAGACUUUUCCACUGAACAGUACUAGAAGUAAUAAUAAACACCUAUACAAACAGUAUAAUUCCUGUUUUUGUAUUCUGCUACGAAAUAUUCACCAUGACGCUGUUUCUGGAUGGCUGAUGCUAGCUUCGUUUUUCUAUAAGACAAAACAAUAUAGUAAUGCGUUACACAUCAUCAUGUAUUCUUUAUCGAAAUUUACUUCUGAAAAACUGUGCAGCUUCAUGGAUAUGUCGGAUAUUCAUUACCGAUUGCUCAAUCUGAAAUCAUUUCAGGAGAAAAGUAUAGUUCGAUUAUGGAAAAUAUCGCUGGUAGAUUUUAUGAAAUUUAAAACAUACUCUUGGCUUAUACCAAAUGAACUACAAAUGGAAAUGGAGAAUGGACCAUGGUUCAUUUCCUCUAUAGUUUAUGCUUAUUUUCUAAAUUUUUUGUGUCAUUAUCAUCUAAAUAAUGAGAGACAAUGUCAGGAUUGCCUCCACACUUUACAACUUGUUAUAGCAGAAAACUAUUGUAUUGACAAAAAUAUAGGUAUACGAUCUCAAGCCUACAACACUCUUGGAAUUGCUUUACAGUUAUCAGGAGACCGUGAGGCCGCCCGUCGAGCAUUCAUGCAGUCAUUUGAAAUAUUUCCUAAUCACAAAUGUAAUACUUCUAUGAAGAGACUUUUGUUAAUAAGCUCAUUGUAAUAUUUGUAAAUUCAGUUUAACAACUGGUAUUUCCUAUGACAGACUCAUUCCAGACUAGUAAUUUGUUUUCUCUAGCACUAUAUUCACGGUGUAUAUUCAGAAGGCUUGCUUUCCGAUUAAAUCUAGAGUAACGCUAGCUUUCCGAUUCUGGAAACGCAAACUUUUUCCGAUUGUUUACAAGAAAAUUACAGACUGGGUAGAACGGUAGGUUGCUACAAUAUUAAAAAAAGAAUUAAUUAUCAAUUUUCUUGAAUGAAACUAAAGUUGACGGAACAAAACCAAUAUACAGGUAUCCAGUUUCAUGAUUUACUGUUUCUUACAAAGAUAAAUGAAUGCGAUUUUCGUUUACAACAGAACUGCGUUAUCUUGUAAAAUAGACUUUAUAGACAAAAAUAUCAAAAUUUUAAAAGUUUCAUCCACAUUUACUUAACUUUCUCAACGCAGUUUUAUCUAAAUAGGGUUGAUAUAUCAUUUUGAUACAUACUAUAAAAUCGCAAAUGAUAUAAUUGUGUUUAUUUAUCGUUUUUCCUGAAAUCGACGUGUAACGCUUACUUUGAGAUUCAGGAAAUGCUUACUUUAAGUUUAAGGUUGCAAAUUCAGUCAAAUAUGGUAGUGGUACUUAUGCAUGUUAAAACAUAUGUCAUUGUAAAAAAUCUUUUUCAAGAUUACCGACAUGGUUAGGUAACACUAUUAUUUGAUGUAGUUAUCCAUUAAUCUUUUGCGGAUGUUGUCACAGUUUGUUUAAUAUUUUGUAUGUACUCUAUUGUGAUGGUAGUCAUAUAUCUUUCUUUUCCCGUUUAUUGUGGGUUUUUCUUUUUUUCAAAGGUAAUUAUCAAAAUGUAAUUUGAACACGGAAGUAGCAGAAAUAAUUUACCCUUUCGGAACACAUGACUUGUUUUUUAUACGACCGCAAAAAAAAUGAGUUCUUAUAUUGCUUUCAUGUCGUUCUCGUCGUCCGAAGACAUUUUUAAUUUAUUGGAGUGAUACAUCCAGUUGCUGAUCAAGCCAGGCGCCAAUUUGACUUGUUACCGCUGCUUUGUUGUAGGGUGUCAAUAAAUAAAUUUCGAAAAAAAACAAUAUAGUCUGCAUGUGAUCCAAUGAUUAGCAGAUCGUUCCAUCUGAAAGAAGUCGUUUCCAGAAAAUCGGAAAGCAAUCGUUUCCCAGAAUGACACUGAAGGUGAACAAUCUGAAAGACAGCGUUUCCUGUGAUUUUUUUUCAAAGAACAUUUAUGGUUAAAUUAAACGAAUUUCGAGAAACAGAAGAGUGAAAAUGACAGGAAAAUCAAUAGAAUAUUUGAAACCCGGGUUAAUUUUAAAUGUUUUAAACAGUUUAAUACGAGAGAAAUGAAUUCUAGUGUUCAAUCGUGUAAAGUGUUGCAUUUGUGGGACCAUUUAUGACACGAUUUCAAAUUUUUAUGAUGACAUGUGUUACAUCUUUAUCAAGAAAAAUAUCUCUAGUGUUCCGUGACAUACAAGAGGGAACACCAUUUACCAUCCGAUUUAAGUAUCACCCCUCCCAAUUUCCUGUCUCCUGCAUCUUUGUCCACAUAAAUCUGAAAGUAAGCGUAUCGGAAAGCGAGCGUUACCGUCGAUUGAAUCGGCAAGAAAGCGUUCAAAAUAUACACCGUGAUAUUAUUCUUUUAAAAUAAUGUACAAUGGAAAGAUAACAGAGCUUGCGAAGUACUUUAAUAUUACCUGGGCGGAAAGCCCGAUCCCUGUUCUCCCGGGCUGGACAAUAACCACAGAAUAUAUUUAAACUGUGCAAUAUGAUUUUUCAAUUUCAUAUUUCUGCUUGUUAUUAUCUUAUAUAGACAGAAUAUAUGAAGUGUACACAGUU